UUCAGAUAAUAAGGGCACACUGUAUUGUAAAAAAGUAAACAAUUGACGAAAAUUUAACUAUAAUGGUUUGCGAGAAGUGCGAGUCCAAAUUAUCAAAAUUAUCGACUCCAAAUCCUUGGCGGACCAGCGGAGCACCGGCUGGCGGACGAAAAAUAAAUGAAAAUAAAGCCUUAUCAUCGGCCCGUGAGCGCCUCAAUCCUAUAGGCACUGCACUGGCCCCAUGCAGAAUUUGCAGACAAAAAGUUCAUCAAAUGGGAGCACAUUAUUGCCAGGCUUGUUCUUAUAAAAAAUUAAUCUGCGCAAUGUGUGGCAAAAAGAUACUUAACACCAAAAACUAUAAGCAGAGCUCAACGUGAAA